UGGUGACUUAGACCCCUACACAGCCACGAGAAUUUUAACUGACCCGGCUCUGUGCGUAGUCUGGCGGGACAGCAACAUGGCUGCCGACCCGGUCUAGCUGCUUCUCCACGCGACUCUAUGAGAUCUGCUACGCCUUCUAGUGUUGUACAAUGGACGAAGAGAGCCUGGCCGCUGCGCUUCAAACAUACAGAGCUCAGCUGGAGCAGGUGGAUCUAACCCUGCGGGCAGUUACUGACCCGACCCAGCUGGAGGAUCUCACACAGCUUCACACGGACCUUCAGCAACUCAUAGAACUCACGGAGUCCAGCCUACUCUCCAUCCAGAAAUGUAACCUUUUGACAUCACUAGAGGGUAACCCCUCCCUGCCUUUCCAUGAGGAUCCCAUCUCCCUGCCAGCCCUCGAGGUGCCCACAUCACUCUCAUCCCAAGACAAGGAGUAUGAGGCUUUUAGAAUGGCAAUUAGUGAGGAGUCUCAGCCUCUAGGGUCCAAUGACGAGACCUCCACUUGCUCCAAAGGCUCCGAGGAGGAAGAGGAAGAAGAAGAAGAUAACACCAGUGGGAUGAAGGUUAAGGCCCCCUACUACAGCACAUGGGGCACCCUGGAAUAUCAUAAUGCCAUGGUGGUGGGCUCUGAGCAGAUGGAGGACGGAGAGGCUGGAGUCCGUGUCCUCUACCUGUAUCCCACCCAUAAAGCCAUGAAGCCCUGUCCCUUCUUCCUGGAUGGGAAAUGCCUCUUCAAUGACAACUGCAGGUUUUCACAUGGUCAGGUGGUGUCGGUGACUGAGCUUCAACCCUUUAAAGAGGCAGACCUCGGUUCUCUUGCUGUGGACAGUCCCUGCUUGGCCCAGCAUAACGAUGGCAUCUGGUACCCAGCUCGGAUCACUGACAUAGAGAGUGGAUUCUACACAGUGAAGUUUGAUUCGCUGCUGCUCAAGGAGUCUGUACUGGAAGCUGAUUCCAUUAUUCCCCCUCUGAGAGGCAGUGACAGCUCCUCCUCCUCCUCCUCAGAUGAAGAAGAGGAUGGAGCAGCAGAGGAUUCUGUGUAUGCCAAAGUACUUGGGCAAGAGAUCGCUGGUACCACAUGCAGUUCUGAGUUUGGAGGAUGGGAGGCGCACACCCGCGGAAUUGGAUCCAAGCUUCUUGUUCGCAUGGGAUACGAGUUUGGGAAAGGCCUGGGGCGUAAUGCAGAAGGGAGAGUGGAGCCUAUUCAGGCUGUGGUUCUACCCAAAGGCAAAUCUUUGGACCAAUGCAUGGAGAUCCAACAGAGGAAGAAGGCUGGUGGCAAGCACAAGCACAAAACCAGCAAGAGACGUCCGAAAGCCUCUGGCCAAGGGGGUGGCGCCAAAGCCCGUGAUAUCUUUGACUUCCUUAAUGAGAAGCUUGAGGGCAAAUUUACCAGUGCUUGUACCGCUGAGACCCAAAAGACUGGUGAAAAGAAGGGGAAGGAGCUGUACAAUGCCAGCAAGGACAGUAAGCGGGCACUAAGUGUUCAGGUGGCAAUAACAGCUGAAAAGAUUAAACAGAAGCAGCGAGAAAUUUGUCAUUUAAAGGAAUCCCUGGCACGAAAUGCGGGAAGGGAAAGUGUGAUCAGUAACCAGUUAGAGGUGCGGUUGUCAGGGGCCCGCAAGGAGCUGGCUGGACUUCAGCAGGAGGAACGGAGUCUGCAGCGAGAGCAGAAGAAAGCUGAUACGCACAAGAAAAUGACGGAGUUCUGAUUGUGUGCAGAGCCUGUGGCCCCUUGUAUGUGAGGGAGCAGUGUUUGGAACUCUUUAAUGGAGGCCACUCUGUGCAGGGCCAGACCUUUAUUCUAUAUUCUCCUUUAUGUGAUAUUUUCCCUGGAGAAGAAUAAAACUUUUAUUUUUUAAA